ACCCAACCUAAGAGCCUUGCCUUGUUGUACAUGGUCUGAACUUUAGCAUAACACGAUAGCUGGGUGCUGAGUACCUUCCAAACUGUAUUUUUGGCCUAUUAUAGCUUUCGCAUAACUUCCCAUUCUCCAGCUCAAGUAAAAUCGAGAUCUGUAUCGGCUUAGUCAAUUGUAGACAGGCGGGCGCUGGCGGGCAGUGAAGAUGUCCAACAUUCAGGAAUGGUUUGCAAGCAUUGAUGUGGACAGAAGCGGGGAGCUGGACGUUAGGGAGUUGCAGCGGGCACUGUCCAUGGGCAACCUCAACUUCGGUAUAUCCGACGUAGACCAGAUGAUCCGAGCUUUCGACACACGGGGGCGCAGGCGGUUAAGUUUCCCCGAGUUCCAACGCCUGCAUGAAUUCCUCGUGAACAUCCAGAACAGCUUUGCCUAUUUUGACGCGGAUCGCAGCCGAACGCUGCAGACGAACGAGGUACAGCAAGCGCUGCAGCACGCCGGCUUCCGGCUCGACUUGCCCGUGCUAGCAGCCAUGAUGUCUCGGCACGACCCGGACAACUCGGGAACGCUAACCCUUGACGAGUACAUCCGCAUGUGCCUCUUCUUGCAAAGCUGCGUGCGGACAUUCACGGCCUUCGACCCGCAGCGCACCGGCAAAAUAACGCUGGACUUCAAUCAGUGGGUAUACGCUGCUUCGCAUGUGGCGUAACCCAGCCCGGACAGACCUGGUCCCUUUAGUCUAAUCCAAGGCGGGCUAUAGGCUAGCCGCGGCAUUUACUUCAGCCCCAGACCGGCCUGAGGUGCCGGGAUACACCUGGGGCAUGACGUUGGCAGGCAAGUGCGUAAGCGUAGCUAACAUAUGAAGGCAUGGGAAGGGGCGCAUGGAGGGUUUAGGGGUAGGUAUGGGAUGCAAGAGAGAGAGCCGGAGAGGUGCUCAGGCUGUAGACAGGUGUUUGCUGUUCAUGGCAAGCACGAACUGUAGGGGCGGGCGGAUUAGUUGCAUGAGGGGGAAAGGCUGCAGAAGCAGUCGGGCCAGUCUGAUUGGCGGCAGGGCACAUGACGUUCUGUUUGGGGACGAGCGUUGGGUAGUUGACAACUGCAAGCCAGUAGUAGCACAGGUUAGGUGGAGAGUCAUGAGGACGUGUGAGAGGAAGGCUCCUCGGGCUGUUGCCAUGUGUGGUGGCGCUCGGGGGAGCAAGGCAUGCGCCCUGGAGGGCCGCCUGUGCUCCCACUGCCCCUAGCAGCACAGACCUUGGGACGAGUAUUACAGCGGUUAUGAGCGCUAAUACGGGCGUGCACUACUGCCCUCCUAACCCGGCCCAUGUUGCCUGCCCAAGUAAAAUAGGACAACCAAGAUUCAGGACCAGUGCAUACGAGGUUUUAAACACGUACAUACUGUUAUUUGCUACGGCGUGCAUCUCGUGGAGGGCGGUUGAAGUGGCUGGCUUGUGCUACGGUUGCUCGCAUUGCGGGGUUGCGUGGCCGUUGCAAUGGGUUGCGGUGCCGCACCCCAGGCCUGCACUGCCGACUGGGCGUGCCUUAAAGAAAGGCUGGCGGAAAGCUGUGAUGCACGUCGAAUCACAGCUGUGCUGCCGUCGUCGGGCGGUCCGGGAUUAGGGUGAAUGGUGCUGCUUCAUAAACGCGUGCCCUUAUGCUAACUUGCCGCUAUGGGACACCAGACGUUGGGGGUUGUUUGUGAUGCCCAAUGCCGCACGCCUUCGGGGUUUUGGCACACAUGUUGUACCGCCGUGCAUGUUGUGACGGAGUUGUUAGUUUUCCUGUCACCCAUGGGCGACCAUGGCAGGAGUGAACAGGUGGCAUUGCGUUGUCAUGCAGGGUAAACAUAACCUUUUGCUAGCUAGGGGAACUUUACGCGUCAUGUUGCGCCUUGCGAUUGUUAUUUCUCGCAAUAACCUAACGACAGACUGUGCGCCGCUCUUCGUUAGCCAGCUACCUUGCGUGGCUUCGUUGUACGGCAGCGCGUAUAUGCAUUUGGCGCGAGCAAGCGACAAACGACCCUUGGGCGACCGCGGUGUCAAAGUGGAAAAUGCGGCGUAUCUGCGAGGGUGAUUUUUUGCGCAGAUGGCUUGGCGUAUAGCAUACCUAUCAAAGGGC